AAUGGCGUCAAGUUAACAUUCGAAACUUACUUUACGAUAGUUUAAUGUUAUGUUUAUGUAUAACUCAUAUUUCGACUGCGUGUUAACCACUGUUUAUUUAAUCAUUAUAGACUUUAAUCCUGAAGGAAAGGAACAGGCACUGACUAGGACGAAAGUGUGCAGAUCAUCUCUUAGAUGAUUCUACAGAACCCCAGAUUAACAGCAAAAUAAUAUUUCAGAUUUUAAUGAUGGAGGAACCCAGCCAAGAUUUGACACUGAGCAUGAAAAUAAAUGCACAGCAGGAGGAGGGAUUGGGUCCUUUAAGAGAUGACCUGGCUGAGUGGAUGGCUAAAACGCUAGAAAUUGACAUAUCUGGUGAGAACUUUAUGGAUGUUCUUGACAAUGGAGUGUACAUCUGUGAUCUUGCCAACAUCAUUCACAAGAAGGCAGAGGAGUGUGUGAAAGAGGGCCGGAGCAAUGACAGCAUUCCAACAGCCCAUCUGAAGUGCCGCCGCAAUGCCAAAUCUGGCACCUGGUUCGCUAGGGACAACUCUGCCAGCUUUAUCAAAUGGGCAAAGUCGUUUGGAAUGAAGGAUGACUGUCUGUUCGAGAGUGAAGACCUUGUUGCCCACAAGUCUGAGCGUCAGAUUAUCGUAACACUGCUGGAGCUUGCCAGGAUUGGCUACAAGUAUGGCCUGGAACCACCCGGCAUCAUCAAGAUUGAGAAGGAAAUUGAGCAGGAGGAGGAACAGCUUCCCAAGGAGGAGGAGCCUAGGCCUGUGACUCCACCUCCUAAACCUCCCGUGUCUGCUAAGUCACGCCCUCUCAAUUUAGAUGAAGAGGUUCGUAAAAUGGCUGCAAGAUGCAGAUGCUCGGAACAUGUUACCAGGAUACGUGAAGGCACUUACAUGGUGUUUGGCAAGGCCGUCAUUAUUAGGCUUUUGAAAGCGUGUGGAAAGCACAUGUUGCUGCAGAACCGUCACCUGAUGGUGAGGGUGGGUGGCGGAUGGGACACCCUGGAGCAUUAUCUCGUCAAGCACAAUCCGGUGUUUGCAGUGGAGCAUCGCAGGAAAGGCAGCAUUGACUUCCUCAACGGGGAUGAUGUGCUGGACAACGACAAGUUCCUGUAUAUCAAGGCCAAGUACAAGUCUCAGAUUUAAGUGUACUUGAAAAUAGCCAUUAAAUGUCACAUUUAUUGUAAAUACCCAUCAGAUGUCACAUUUAUUGUAAAUACCCAUCAGAUGUCACAUUUAUUGUAAAUACUCAUGAGCUGUCAAAUUGAAGGCUGAGCAAAUGUGAUGCUGAGUAGUUAACCAGGUUUUCCGAAGGAAAAAACUGGUUAUUAGAUUGGCGAAUGCGGGCGGGCUGGCUGGCUGGCUGGCUGGCUGGCGGGCGGGCGGAACAAGCUUGUCCGGGCCAUAACUAUGUCGUUCAUUGUCAGAUUUUAAAAUCAUUUGGCACAUUUGUUCACCACCAUUGGACGGUGUGUCGUGCGAAAUAAUUACGUCGAUAUCUCCAAGGUCAAGGUCACACUUUGAGUUCAAAGGUCAAAAAUGGCCAUAAAUGAGCUUGUCCGGGCCAUAACUAUGUCAUUCAUUGUGAGAUUUAAAAUCAUUUGGCACAUUUGUUCACCAUCAUAGGACGGUGUGUCUCACGAAAGAAUCACAUCAAUAUCUCCAAUGUCAAGGUCGCCACAACUAAAAAUAGAUUUAUUUUGAAACAAACUUACAAAGGGGGUUAAUUUUGUUUGUUCAUUUCAAAAGUUCAGUUUGAGUUGUCUCCCUUUAUCAAUUUUUUUUCACAAUGAAAACCUGGUUUUGUGAAAAUUUUGUCCCUUGUUUUGUAAAAUAAUUUGUUAUUGUUUUUAUUGUAGCUUGUUAUUUCAAGAAAGAUUAUCUAUAUGUUUUUGCAAUAGUUUAAUUUUAAUUCAAGUCUUUAUAUAAUAUGUGUUUACAGUGCAUUUGGAAAUGAUGAAGUUUUCAAGUUAAAAAAUUGUGAAGUACAGUAAAAUGCUUUAGGUUUAAUUUAGUUUUCUGGCAUUAACUUCAGUGUGGUUGAUUUUUGAUUUUUGAACAAGCUAGCGGAAUAUUCAGCAUCAUUAAUGAAUAAAACAUAAGAGUAAAUAACCUUGAACCCAUUCAGUUAGAUAGAAAUUGCCUAUUACCAUACACAUUCAUAUGGCUUCAUUCAUUUUGGAAGCCUUUGUACAAUCAGGGAUUUUUUUUGCUUUAAUUUGUUACAGCCUGUGCCAAUUGAAUUGGGAAAAUUAGCGCAAUAAACCAUGAAAUUGGGAAAAAUAGCGCAAUAAACCAUGACAUUGGGAAAAAUUAAGCAUUAUAAAUAGGAUUAUAAGUAACAGAAGUGAUAUUGUUUUUAAGUGCACGUUCAGGGGGUUUUAUAGAAAAGGAGUCUGGUCAAAUUGGGAUUUUUUAAAUCAAUAAAAGUGGCAAAUUUAGGAAUGAUUUAUGGACAAAAAGGACUAAAUUGAAGUUAUAUAUUUUGUAGGAUGUUUAAAAAAUGAAGUUGAGAUCCAGAGUUAAGAAAUCAUAAUUCAGUUAUAAGAGACUUGUUUCUUAAAAAAAAAAAUUAUUUUUUUAUUUUUUUGGGGGGAAAUUAGGCUUUUUUGGGGAAAUUUUGGUCAGAUUUUUGGGAAAAAACGUGGAUUUUUGCGAUUGGAAAGCAGCCAAAAAUAAGCUGUAAUUUUGAGCAAAAAAAUCACUGACAAUCUACCAUUAACAUGUAACAACUAUAGAGUAUUUGCAUUCAUCCUCUUUAUUUAUUGUGGUAUAACACAUUGAUAUAGCAGCAACAAUCUUUACUGCAAAACAAACAUUCAGAAACUUUCAUUCACCAUUGAACAUUACAUGUACAAUGCCAUACCGGCGUUUAAUCCAUCCCCAUUGCGGAUGUUUACAUUUCAUCAAACUUCAUCCUUCAUAGUAACACAUUGUCAUUAUUCAUAGUAUCCAGCAAACAUUCCAAAUUCAUUGAGCUUACAAUAAUUAUUGAUCAGGAGCAUGUUAGACUGCCAUUCACCUAACCCGGUGAAAUGAAACAGCAAUUGUUUAGUACGCCAUUGGCAUACUUUUAAUGCUGAAGAAAUACAUUGAUUGUCCUAUCUGUCCCUCCUUUUUUGUUACUUACCAUUUUCUGUUAAUGAAAGGUUCAGUAGCUUUUAGCAACAUCAAGGCUUGCUACUACUCUCUGAUACAUACACAGGAACUGAUCAUCCUUCCUGAUCCCAUUUAACCUUACAUCACUUUGACCUUGACCUAAUUUAUACUUAGACUAAAUCAAAUGGGCCAUUUUUUGUUAUAUAUGCUCUGUGAAAAAGGGGUUUAAUGCAUGUGCCUUAAGUUUCGUCUGCACAGGCUAAUCAGGGAUGACACUUUCUGCCUAAACUUGAUUUUUGCUAAGAAGAGACUGAAAAUAUCAUAAAAGCAGAAAGUGUCGUCCCUGAUUAGCAUACACAUACACAGUCCCCACAGGCUAAUCAGAGAUGACAAUUCCGCCUUAACUGGAUUUUUGCUAAGAAGAGACUUUCUUUAAAUGGAAAAUAUCAUAAAAGCGUAGUGUCAUCCCUGAUUAGCCUGUGUGUACUGCACAGGCUAAUCUGGGACGACACUUUACGCAUAUGAAUUAACCCACUUUUCACAGAGCAAGGCCCAUAUAUUGUUUCAUAUAGCAGAAAUACUCCCCACCCCUAUUAUAUUAUCAAACCUUACCUGGGGCAUGUUUGUUACUGAAAGAUCCUUUUCAUAUUUGAUUAUAGACUCUAUUGUACAAUUUGUAAGUAAAUAUAUCAUAUGAUAGAUAAAUCUAGGGUACUGGUAUGUGAAUAGCCACUGUGAUAUUAUAGAACAUGGAAAAAUCAUAUUAUUUAAAUAUUUGAAUUGUUGAUGUUUUCUUGAAUUAAGCAAUUUCUUAUUGUUGUAGUUAUAGUUUAUAUGUAGAACAGUGUAGCUUGAAACUAAUCAAUCAAUAAAUUGUUGUUGUAUAGAUAAAACAGUUUAAUGCUCAACUGAGGAUUUAAUUUGUCUGGAAGACAUUCAAUAUUGGAAGUACUUAAGUUUGUAAGAAAAUACUAGUAUACUUUUGACAGUCUACAAACAAAAGCCAUGCUACAUGUAUUUACCUUUUCAAUAUUGCUAGAAGAGCAAAUGCAAAUUUAAAGAUUUGGAAGUGGGAAUGUAUAUAAACUUUUGAUAAUUUAGUGAAUGUCGUCUGGUCUAUAAUAUUUAUGUUACAGUGUUUUGUUCUCUUGUAAAACUUGGUAGCCUUAAAGGGUUCAUUCCUCAACAAUUUACCAGAAUAUCCUCAUUUUAAUGUAAACAAACUGAUAUCUGGGAAAUCCUUUUUGUCCCCUACCGGUGAAACGGUUUGCACUCCGUCUGUCUGUCAGUCAGUCUGUCAGUCAGUCUGUCUGUCACACUUUUCUGGAUCGUGGGAUAACUUUAAAAGUUCUUCAUAUUUUUUCAUGAAACUUGAAACAUGGAUAGAUGGCAAUAUGGAGAUUAUGCAUGUCAUUUCAUUUUGUUUCUACGUCAAGAAUUCUGGUUGCUAUGGCAACAAAUAUUAAAAAUAAAAUUAAAAAAAUUACUGACAAUGGUGGAGUUUCACCGGUAGGGGACCAAUAUUGCUUGGCAAUCUCUUGUUGUUUAUGUUUUACCUAUAUUGAACUUUCAUUUUAUCUGUUUUAGUGUUUAUAAAUUGAAACUUAGUGUUUUCUUACUUUUGGUCUAAUUUUGCAGAUACAAUUUCAGAUUUGUUAAUAAAAAGCUUCUUUUCCAAGUUUGAUUGGGGACAGAUUCCAAUACAAUGUGAGGAAAAACACUGAAUAGUAUGAAGAUAUUUUUGUUUAUUCACAAUCUUGUGCAUAUAAAGUUUCUGCCUUUCAUUUCUGUGUUCAUAUUAUUUAUUUGUUGGUCCCUUUUUUGAUGCAAUGCACUUAUUGUUACACUUUUCACAUUUUAUUUUUUAUUGUUAAUAUAUUUGUAUUAAUAUUGAACUUAGUACAUGUAUUAUGUUAUGUAAUCAUUCCUUAAUGCAACACUAGUGGUUUAAUUGAUUUUUUAGCUCGGCUGUUUUCGGAGAAAACCCGAGGUAUUGUCAUAGCCUCCUUGUCGUCCGCCAUCCGGGCGUGGUGCUUAAACCUUUACAUUGGCUCUAAAAUUAAAGUGCUUCCACCUACAACUUUGAAACUUCAUAUGUACAUGCAUCUUGAUGACUUCUACACGCCACACCCAUUUUUGAGUCACUAGGUCAAAGGUCAAGGUCACUGUGACCUCUAAUAUAAAAGUUUAACUUUGCCUCUAACAUCAUAGUACUUCCACCUACAACUUUGAAACUUCAUAUGUACAUGCACCUUGAUGACUUCUACACGCCACACCCAUUUU